UCCCGUCAAUGAAAUGGUAGGCAAAUAUAAGACCAUUCUCGUCACCACAGAGGAUAAGAUCACAAAGAUAAUGCUGAAUCGCCCAGACAAGAAAAAUGCUAUCAACCUUGUGAUGUACGAAGAAAUUAUGCAUGCGCUUGAUGAAGCUGCCAAGGAUGACUCCACUUUAACUGUUAUAACAGGAUGCGGCAGUUACUUCAGUAGUGGGAAUGAUCUCAAAGAUUUUUCUGAAAAUGUCGAUGAGAUAAUGAAAGAUGAUGGAAAGUUGCUGGUGCAAUUUAUCCAUCAUUUUGUUGACUUUCCAAAACCACUGGUAGCCCUGGUAAAUGGUCCUGCCAUUGGCCUUGCAGCUACUCUUCUUGGGCUGUGUGAUAUUGUGUAUGCUAUGGAAAGGGCAACAAUUCAUGCUCCUUUUGUUCAGCUGGGACUGAGUCCAGAAGGUUGCUCAUCUUACACCUUCCCUAAGAUAAUGGGACCAGCACAGGCAAAUGAGAUGCUUCUUUUCAAUAAGAAAAUUAUGGCAGAUGAAGCAUGUACCAAGGGACUUGUGACUGAAGUUUUUGCUGACAGUACUUUUCAGGGAGAAGUUUGGACAAGGCUGAAAGCAUAUGCAAAUCUUCCUAAAAAUUCUCUAGCCACCUCUAAACAGUUAAUGAGAAGUAUGGACAAAGAAAUCCUGCAUGCAGUCAGUUUGCAAGAGAGUAAGCUGAUUGCGAAAAAAAUCUUUUCAGAUGAGUGCAACAAUGGCCUUCAAAGCUUCUUCCAGAAGGGGUCAAAAUUGUGA